AUGGCAAGUAAGACAUUGACUCUUACUGAAUUUGUGUGUCGCUAUGAACAAAAUGUUGAGAAGAUGCGUGAGGUAGAGGUGAUUGAUAAUUUUAAUUGUGCUAAUGGAAAACCUCGUAUUGCAUCUCGUGGUAGUGGAAUUUUGAAACAUGCAUGUAAAGUGUAUACACACAAAAUAUUUGCAAUGUUUCAAGAUGAGUUUUUUCAAACAAUAUCAUUAAUGGUUGUUGAAUGCAUUUCUAAUGGGACAUUGGAAAUGUAUGAGAUGCGAAUGGAGGAUGGUACUCGAGAGUACUAUGUGAACUUCAACUCAUCUAAUUGUUCAAUCUCAUGUAGUUGUAAACGGUUCGAGGCAUUGGGAUUGUUAUGUCGUCAUGCUUUAAGAGUGUUCAAUUUGAAUAAUGUGAAGAAAAUUCUUGAAAAGUAUAUUUUGGAGAGAUGGACAAAAGAUGCAAAACAGGGUUGUGUAGGGGAGAGGCAUUCUAAAUUAGUAGAAGAUAAUAGUGGUAAUUCAGCUAAAACAUUGCAACUUAAUAGGUUAAUACGCAAAGCGUUUGCGCUCAUGAAUUUAUGUUCUAAUUCUGAUGCCAUAAGUGAGAUUGUAGAUAGGAUCAUGGAUAGUACUUUUGAACAAAUUAAAAAACAUAAUGCAUCUGUAAGUGGUGGAGAUACAUGUGAAGAUGAUGGACAUGCAACUUUAGCAAUUUUUGAUAUUUUGAUUAAGGAUCCUCCUCGGCUAAGAAAGAAAGGACAGACAUAUGGUAGAAUGAAGGGGGUUUUGGAGAGGAAAAAAAGAAAAGUUGAAAAGCCAUAUGUUGUAGGACCUUCAAGGUUUUCUGUGCCAACAACAAAUGUUCCAAUUGUCCAGGAGCAUGAGUUCCUCCAUGAUUCUGCCAAUCAACUUUCACCAAUGGGAUUUCUUUGUUCUUCAAUCUCUUGA